UAGCAUUUGUUUACGUCAUAAUGGCAACAUCUUUACGACUUGGCGACAAUUAAAGUCUCGCAAAGUUUCGCGCCUGCGCGUUAGCAGAGAGAAGCCUGAAAGAGGCUGGGCCAUCAGGGCAUCCCGGUAGCAAAGUAUGAAAUAUGAAAGUCGUUAUGAAAAGCAUAUUCUAAGCACCCCUGUAUUUACAUGCCUAAGACGUGUUUGAAACGUAAUCAAAUUUGCGAUUUAUGCCAAUUUUUUUUUAUUUUCUCGCGCAUGCGCGAGAAAAGCGGUCGGCUUCGGCUGCAAUGGCAAUAUGGCCUCUGCGUGGACUGCGCGUGACGUACACAGUACACAGUAUCAAGUAUCAACGUGGUUAUGUGACGCUCGGUCGUGAUGGCUUUUAAGCUUAUAUUGUGUUGUGAGUUAUGAGCCUUGACGUCUGUUGUUGAUCGUUAGAUCGGCGAGUUUGCGACGCGAUAAAAUGGCACCUACCAUACAAACCAACAGCAAUCAAGCUGACAGGGACAAACGCGCGGCCAGACCAGCGGAGAAACGGUCCGAGCUCAUAUGCAGAGUUAAAUAUUGCAACACUCUGCCAGAUAUUCCGUUUGACCCGAAAUUUAUAACGUAUCCCUUCGAACCGACCAGGUUUAUUCAGUAUAAUCCGACUUCAUUAGAGCGCAACUACAAGUAUGAAGUACUGACGGAACACGAUUUAGGUGUAGAGAUCGAUUUGAUAAAUAAAGACACGUAUGCGGGUGAUCUGAAUGCUCAAUUAGAUCCAGCGGAUGAAAAGUUGCUGGAGGAAGAUGUUCUUACGCCACAGGACUCUAAGCGGUCCCGACAUCAUGCCAGGAGUGUUUCUUGGUUACGACGUACAGAAUAUAUUUCCACAGAAAGUACCAGAUUCCAGCCGCAAACGGCAGACAAGGUUGAAGCUAAAGUUGGUUACAGUAUCAAGAAGAACUUCAAGGAGGAAACGUUGUACAUGGAUCGCGAUAGUCAAAUAAAAGCUAUAGAAAAGACCUUUGAAGACAAUAAAAAGCCAAUUGAAAGACACUACAGCAAACCGAACGUAGUACCUACAGAAAUAUUACCAGUAUAUCCAGACUUUAAGUUGUGGAAAUAUCCAUGUGCGCAAGUCAUAUUUGAUUCUGAUCCUGCGCCAACUGGUCGAUCUGUACCCGCGCAGAUCGAAGAAAUGUCGCAAGCUAUGAUACGAGGUGUAAUGGACGAGAGCGGUGAGCAAUUCGUAGCUUACUUUUUGCCGUUGGAAGAAACGUUGGAGAAGCGCCGACGGGACUUGACUGCUGGUAUCGCGUACGCCGAUGAGGAAGAAUACGAAUACAAAAUGGCGAGAGAAUACAAUUGGAACGUGAAGAGCAAAGCUUCCAAGGGAUACGAGGAGAAUUAUUUCCUUGUGAUGAGACAAGACGGGGUUUACUACAAUGAACUGGAGACGCGCGUGCGACUGAGCAAACGGCGCCAGAAGGUCGGACAGCAGCCAAACAACUCGCGCCUGAUAGUGCGUCAUAGACCGCUGAACGCCAACGAAUUCAGAAUGCAGAGAUAUCGAGAGAAACAAUUGGAGCCGCCAGGAGAGGAAGACGAGGACGAAGAGGAGGAAGAGGAGGAGCAGGAGCAGGAGCAGGAGCAGGAGCAGGAGACUACUCAACAAGAGGAAAAGACAGACCGAAAAGAUACGGCGGUUAAAGGUUCCGAAGCAGAGAACGAGGGAGACUCUCGUGCCUCGUCGAGAGCGUCCUCGCGGGCGUCCUCGCGGGUAUCGUCGCGAGCAUCCAGCAGAAAAUCACGAUCCCGCUCGCGGUCUCGUUCCAACGCCGACUCGAGAUCAAGAUCGAGAUCGAGAUCAAAGUCAAAAUCAAGAUCAAGAUCAAGAUCCAAAUCGAGGUCGAGAUCGAGGUCGAGGUCGAGCGCGCGUUCGCGGUCACGUUCACGCUCACGUUCACCAUCCAAAUCUAAAUCACCGUCUCGAUCACGCUCGCGUUCUCGGUCGCGUUCGCCGUCUAACGCGCGCAGUAACGCACGGUCUCGGUCCGGCAGUCCUCACGCGAGGAACACGUCGAGAUCCAGAUCGCGCUCGGGAACGCCCGCGAAGUCACCGUCGAGAUCUCGGUCGAACUCGCGGUCCAAGUCCAGGUCACGGUCAAGAUCGAGAUCCGGUACUGGUAGCGGUAGCGGGUCCGCUAGCGCGAGCGGCGAAAGCGGCUCCGAGAGCGAGUGACGCGAGACGCGUGCGCGAGAAUACUCUACGACCUACGUCGACGGCCAUCGUUUCCAUCUGAAUCCGUUCGAAGAGUAUCGGUUUGUCAUCGCUAUUUAAAUAUAUUCCGGAUAGCAGUUCCCCGCCGAAUAUCUCAGAAUUAUUGCAUAUUAAAUGAACGGAAAGAGCAUGUCUUUGACGGUACGAACAUAUACGGAGUACGUGUUUACAGGGUUUACGAGUGCUCGGCGGCACUAUCAAAGAUAUAAUAAAUUUAUAUGAGGAAAAUG